UUUGCAGGAGCCAAUCAGGUGUCCUGGAUUCAUUGUUUGCGGAAGUUUCUGUGUUGCUACCGGACGGUUCAAAUUUACGCUUCUCGUUUCGGAAAACCAGCUCAAAAUCCACGACUUAAACUAACAAAACACAUUCUGUAGACACUUUCAUGGACUUAUAGUUCUUCUACGUCAAGAGGAAUCGGACAUUAAACGCUUAGUGGUUGUAAUGCUCAGCGCAUGGCUCACUCCUCGACGUCAACAAAGCUUUUUCUCUCGUUUUUCUCUCGUUUUUCUCUUUGAACGAGCGAUGUCAAGCGUCUGCUAACGGACAAGCGAGAGUCUGGAGCAGCAGGACAGGGGUUUAGAAAUGGACCCGAACACACUGAAGCGGGUCCGGGUAGCAGGAGAUGGAGGAGGAGGAGGAGGAGGAGGGCAGGAGGAGGAAGGUUCGGUGGAUGUGAGCAUCAUCAUGCCCGUGUACAAUGCAUCCUGCUGGCUGGAUGAGUGCCUGCGGGGUGUUUUACACCAAGACUUCACUGGAUCCAUGGAGCUGUCAGUGUUCGAUGAUGGAAGCACUGACGACUCGAGGGAAGUGUUGGAGGGUUGGAGGGAAAAGCUGCAGGCGAGAGGAGUGGCRGUGGUGAUCUCUGGUCACAGUUUUCUCCAACCCAGAGGAGUGGGAUACGCAAAGAAUAAGGCGGUAACUCAGAGCUAUGGACAGUAUUUGUGCUUUCAGGAUGCGGACGACAUCAUGUUGCCACAGAGAGUUCGCCUGCAGUACGAGGCAUCGCUCCUCCAUCCAAACUCGCUGAUUGGCUGUAGAGUGCAGCGGCUGCCAGAGGGAUCCACAGAGCGUUAUACCCGCUGGAUUAACUCACUGACUCAGGAUCAGCUCCUCACACAGGGAGUCCCGGAGGAUCUGCUCUUCUUCUACAAGCUUCUUCGUCAGGGAGGCUCUCUGUUCAGGGUCAACCAGUCCCUGCUGGUUUAUCGUUACCACGAGAAGGCCGCCACUCAUUCUGUAACAGAAAAUACUAUAUGGAAGCUGCGUGUCGACUUCCUGCAGGAGAGAGUUCUCAGCCAAUGGGAAAACUUUACCAUAUGGAAUGCUGGGAAACAGGGCCGGAAGCUGUACCGAAGCCUGAACCCCAUCAAUCAGAAGAAAGUCAAAGCUUUCUGUGAUGUGGAUGRGAACAAGAUCCAGAAACGUUUCUACACGUAUGAGGAAUCCCAGGAGAGACCAAAGCCUAAAGUCCCGAUCUUGCACUACAAUGAUGCCACGAGCCCCUUCAUUAUCUGUGUCAAACUGGACAUGACAGGAGGUGUUCUGGAGGAAAACCUCAACUCUUUGCAGUUGAAGGAAGGAACAGAUUACUACCAUUUCAACUGAGCRCAGAAUGAUGCAGAGACCCACAGGAGCCCUGCAGGUUAAACAGGGCAGUGAAUGCAAAACAAAAGUUAUUUAUUUAACACGUAAACAAAAGCUAAGCAACAGAGUGGUUUUAGUGAACACUGCUGUAGAGUUAUUGUGUAUUUUAGGUGCUGAGGGGUCUGUUUUAUAUGUAAAUAUAUAAUGAUUUUUUUUAUUAUUGUAAUAGUUUGACCUGGUAAAGUUGGCAGCUCUGAUAUCUCUGCUUCACUCUUUAAUCACAGGCUGGACUUGGUCUUUUUGGCUCCAUUUGUAGAAGUUUUACAAUAAAUUGGGUGUUUUGGAGGAAA